GCUACUUUAACUAGAGCAAGAGUAGCUCACUGACAUUUUCACUGCGGUGGCUCUCCUUCCUCUUCUGGGGGAGGUCUAAUGAUCCGCGGGGGGAAAGAGAAAGUGUGUAUGAUGAGAAUUGCGUGAACCGGCUGGCUGGUAGGUUAACCCAAUACCUCACUGUGCGAAAACCCGGGGACGAGGAUGAGAUAAAGGCACAGGAAGAUAACGCCGUCUCAGCCGAGCCCAGAAAGCGGGCCUGUGUAUUUUUAGCAGCGGCAGCCACUGGUAUUACGCAAGACGACACAAGAAAGGUGGAAAAAGAUGUUGGGAACCCUCACAGCAGUGCCCAUCAAGGUGCCUCAAGUCAGCUCUCUGUACAGGCUGGCAGGACGGGCGCCCACUGUGCUACCUCAGGUCAGGCCAAAGACCCAGAUCCCAGACAGCCUUCCCCACAGCCCCUUCCAGGAGCAGCAGAGCAGCCAGCAGGCUCUCAGCCUGCAGAGAGCCACCGCCCUGGUCAGCCCCAAGAGCCAGGGGCCCGCCCUGGUCGCCCCCAAGAGCCAGGGACCUGCCCUGGUCAGCCCCAAGAGCCAGGGGCCCGCCCUGGUCAGCCCCAAGAUCCAGGGACCCGCCCUGGUCAGCCCCAAGAGCCAGGGGCCUGCCCUGGUCAGCCCCAAGAGCCAGGGGCCCGCCCUGGUCAGCCCCAAAAGCCAGGGGCCCGCCCUGGUCAUCCCCAAGAGCCAAGGGCCCGCCCUGGUCAGCCCCAAGAGCCAGGGGCCCGCCCUGGUCAGCCCCAAGAGCCAGGGGCCCGCCCUGGUCAGCCCCAAGAGCAAGGGGCCCGCCCUUCCCACCGCCAACAGCACCUUCAUCCCCGAACGCCUGCCCAACGGACAGGGAGGGGACUCCUCGCCUCCGCUUCCCCCUCCCCCACCGCCCCUCCCCCCCCAGCUCCAGGCCCUGUCCGUAGGGGGGGGCGCGUCCCCCAGCACCGCGCCCUCCGCCGCCGCCACGUCCACGGGGCCGGGCGUGGCCUACGCCAUCGUCUCCGGCUCCCCGCCCGCCUCCGCCCCCGGGAACGGCCUGUCUGGCGCGGGCGAGGCGGUCAAGGUGCAGCCGCUACUCUUCAGCGCCGACAAUAAGGUGAUACUUAUCCAGCCGCAGACCCCCAGAAGUUUGCAGGGGUCCCCUGGCCCCCAGGUGGACAGCCCCUCACAGGAGACCAUGCCCACCCCCUCCCCCCCAGCCAGGAAGAAGGAUGAGGACCCAGAGAAAAUUGCCUUCAUGGUUGCCCUUGGCCUGGUCACCACCGAACACAUGGAGGAGCUUCAGACCAAGCGUCAGGAGAGGAAGAGGAGGAGCACAGCCAACCCGGCCUACAGCGGCAUGUUCGAGCCGGAGCGCAAACGCCUCACAUCGAAUUACCUGAACAACCCCCUCUUCCUGUCAGCGAGAGACACUGAGGAUCUGUGCUGGAAGGAGGACUUGGAGCAUGAGGACCACUGUGCCAUCUGCCAGGAGGAUGGCGAGCUCCAGCCGUGCCACAACUGCACCCGCGCCUACCACCCGGACUGCCUACAGCCGCCACUUCGCACCCCGCCCCGGGGGGCAUGGUACUGCCCCAAGUGCCAGAAGAAGGUUCUGAACAAGGAAAACAUGUCGUGGCCCCAGAACUUUGUCCAGUCAUACGUCACACACAAGACAGUGAGAGAGGAGGAGAAGAGGAGGCUGCUGAAGAGGAACAGUGAGCUGAAGAAGGACUGCUCCCAUCUGGAAGAACAGGACAAGAGACUCAGUAAAUCCCUCACGAAGUGUAUGGAGCGGCGGGAGGGUCUGAUGAGCCAGCAGAGAGACACGCAGUCGUCCCUGGAGCGCCUCAAGGCCCUCAUCAGGCUGAUCCAGCGCGACCAGAUGAUCCAGGUCACCAUGACGGCCACCACCACCACGGGAGCCUCCCUGCUGUCCCUGCCCUCCCUGCCUCCCUGGAUCAAGCCCGCCAGCGCCGCCACCACGUCGCCCCCCGCAGGACCCUCCAUGCUACUGCAAAAGAGCCUGCCCCAGACCCAGACCCAGGGUAACAACUGACCCAGAUGGACCCCCCCUCCAUUGUCCUCCCUCCCCCUCUACAGAGCACCUACCUGUGCUGCAGCAUCUUAGCCAAGUCAGCAGCCCGCCCGGGGAAUGACGCGGGUCACCUGACCAUCUUGACGACAACGCUCUUUUUUGACAAAGUCCGAGGUACCAUUGAAUAAUAUCUAACCAUACGUUUUUUUAUUGAGAGCUGAAAGAAGAUGAGAAAUCUAGAAAACGUACAAAAAAAAACAACUAAAACUAUAUCCUCCACUCGAUUCAUAACAAGUAUUUUUUAAACCCAACACCUACAGUGCUUACGAGAUUUAUUUUCUAAUUUAUCGUUUUUUUUGUUGUUUUUUUUAUUAUUGUUCUUGGCCUUAAUGUAUUUAUGACAAAAAAUUGUUCGAUACAAAGUGCUGCCACAGCAAUAUGGAAAAGUUAUUCUGUGGGGCCCGAAAUAUUUUUUGAGUUUUUUUUUCAGGUAUAAUUAUUGUUCUGCGUAUAGUGAGAGAGAACAUUAGAGUAGUGGUAGUUACAAAGAAACAAUGGAAUUAUGAAACAAAGGACUGUACAUUAAUAUAUUGGAGUAGUUUGGUUUGUUCUCAUUCUCCUAUGAACAAUGUUUGCCACAAUAAUUCAGGUGAAAGAAGAGCGGGCGAAGUGUCAUUGUGUAUGUAUGUAAAAGCAUACGAGCCUUCAAACAAAAAGCAGAGAAUAACAUUUUUUCAGUAUUAAUAGAGUUAAAAUUCAAAGAAAAAGUAUUUAAGAUAACUACAGAAUUUAGCCUUUCUAGAGGAGAAUUUAGUAUUUUCAUGCCGAUGCCUGUCGAUUGAAACCGUGAGUGGUGGUAAAAAACCAGGAGAGGAACUGUACAUAUGUUGUGUUAUUAUCGCAGGCUUCUGUUUUUACUGGACUCACAACUACCCGAGGUGUUGCUUUAUAUUCCAAUGCACUCAAAAGCUGACAUUUUGAAGGGCCAUUGGAGUUCCUGUACUUGUGUGAUCCCACCAUUAGUUUCCCUACCCUCUACCUGUCACCAGUAUAGAAAAUAUGCCAAAAAACCUUACAUUUUUGUACUGGGAACUCCAUCUAUCAAAUAUGUCUAUGAUACUUUCCCUGCCUGAUUUUUUUUAUAUAUAGAUAUAUAUAGCUUUUGCUCUCACACUUUUUUAUUUUUUACUCAUGUGAUGUUCUUUCAUGACUUGACAUUUUACAGAGAUGAGCCUGCUAAUUCUGUCCUGGAGAAGUCUGUUAGACGGUACAAAUGAACACUGCCUCAAGUUCAAGUAGAUCAAUCCAGGGUUUCUUUCUUAUAGCAUUUUAUAAACACACACCAGUCAGCUGGCAUAGGGACAGCUCAGUCGGAGUUACUCUUUCUAUAGUUAGUCUUCCUGCUGCUCCACAUAGACUUUUAGUCAGAAACACGAUUUGUUUUCUUUUUCAUAAACCGCUAUCAUGAUUUGUCUCGUAUUUAUCAAACGAUGGGUUUGCCGAACCUCACUGCGACCCGUAGAUGCACACGAUCGAACAAAUAUGAGAGAGAAUAAUUUGGAGUACGAAUACAUUUCAUAUCAGACUCUCUAAGACAUUUGAGCACACAGACAGGAGUACUGAACGGAAUUGGGCCUGGUUUCUUUGGAAUGACCGCAGGCAGACAAAAGAACAGCCAUCUUAGAGAACAGAAAAUACUGGACUAAUUGAGCAAUGCUGGUCUGGCCAGAGGCUCUGGUUGAAAUAAUCAAAUUCAGUUAAGCAAUAUGACGCUGGGAUUUGUCUAUUCUGUUCUAAGAUCAGAACACACACCAGUCGUUCGAGAUAAAGAAAGUUAAAGGAACCUUGGAUGAGAUCAGUUGUGUUUAUGUAGACGCUCUGGGCCUGGCGAGUUCACAGAUUGAGGGCUAUAUGGAGAAGUCACCCUGUCAAACAACAAACCACCUAAACCGUCCAUCAAGAACAAACUGUUCAUUCAGUAUCUACAGAAUCACCAACACAGGGCUCUAUCAAUAAAUAGCUUACGUGAUCAUAUCAAGUUUUGCCUUGCCAAAUGAACAAAAACAUGGUUUGACUCACAUUGGGAGGGGUGAGUGAGCGAUGAGGGCAGAGUAGGGCAGAUUGUGCUGGCAUUGGGCAUGAGGAUAUUUCUGUGUCGGCAGUCGUGUCUGCAAGAGCUGUCAGUAGCAGCGUGGCAUGCAGAGCUAGGGCACUUGCACGUAGGGGCGACACUUACUGUACCACCCAAUGCCAGAAUGGACACCAUUUGUCGCAUAUCAGGCCCUUCCUAGCACGUAGCGCUGCACGCUGGUGGGAACGAGGAGCAGUCCAUGACGCACUGCAUGAGCUGUAGUAGCAGAACAACUCGGAAUGAAGUCAGUAUCAGAUCGAAGGAUGUGCAAAAUGAGAACCAUAUCGCUAGUGCUCAGUGUUCCAUCCCUCCCCCCCACUCCCCCCAUCAUCUAAAUAUGUUGCCUCCGACCUCCUUCGCCCAUUUUCAGAAUCUUCUCCGGGAGUAACUGUGCAGUGCAUAUUAUACAGAUCUAUUUUAAUACACUCGACACAAACAUUUGAACAAAUGAGAUGAAGUUCCGGUUUUUUAUAUUCUUUUAACAAUGAACAAAAAAAAAAUGAAAACAAACAUUGGAUUUUUUUAUUGUUUGCCAAUUAUGCAUUCUUAGCUUGCGAUGGUCAAAAUAUUCUUUCGCCAUGAGGGGGCGGUAGCAAGGGAGAGAAGACUACACAAUAAAUUUAGAUCGGUAAGGAGACGUCUGUUGAAGUAGUGUUUUUUUCUUUGUCAUUAACAAGGGGACUGCCCGGUGGAUAGUGUGUAUAGAAAAGUGUUUGUCUUACAUAUGCCAAUGUAGUUUUUCUUUAUGAUGCAUUAAAAGUUGAUUGAUGGAAGUUGGUUAAUGGUAAAGAGUAGUCUCACUUUUUUGUACCAAGUUCUUAUGAAAAGUUUAAUCAUUAAUAAACAAAAUUCCAGAACAAAUGUUUGGUGAAACUGUCAAUGUUUUCCUAAGCGUGUACUCAAUCAUGUCAAUGUUUGUGGCGGGUUAAAUCAUUGGUAAUACUGUAUUCUAUGCACAAAUGUGGUCAAAUUAGACAAUAGGAAUGUAGUUACAACAACAGUCAGUAGUCAAAAUAAACCCAUCUACAGUUCAAUAAAUAUGUUUGCAUAAUCACCCUAAGCCUAAACUUUUAACCAUAUUGCCAACAAACAAGAACAGACGAUGCAGAGUACAGAGAGCGGAGCACAGACAGUAUCAUACAGGAUGCCUUGGCAUCCUGCAAAGGCAUUGGUUACAGUGGCUUGCAUAUCAGUAACAUACAUAUUUCAAAG